UUUACGGGGGAGGGGGGAAAUGGAGGAGAGAGAAUCUCUGACGAGACAGAUAGAACUACUCCAAAAUCUCAUCAACACACACAAAAGUAUCCAUGGAGAUGCUCCGUCGGGUCCCGGGGGGUGGCGUGCUCCGACAGCCGCGCCGGUUAGAGGUAGAGGGCUGCCGUUCUCCAGCACGUUCCCCCCCUGCUCAGGGCUCCAUGGCCCCCGGCCCUCAGCCCAGUGGAGGAAGUACUACUCUCUGAGCAACAGGAGCACUGUGUCUUCUGCCACCCCCGACCUCUGCCGAGAGCGCCCCCUGCAGGCCCGGCCCUCCCUGAAGCAGGUGUCUCUGCCUGCCUGUCGGACGGACCUCCCGGGGAACUCCUCUCUGCUGGUUCCCAGAAACAGGGGGACGAUCAGUUGCCUCCCAAAGGGUGAGUCCCCAGGAACAGCUGCUGCCAGUAUCUUGGGACAGACGGGGUCAGAGGUCAUGGGCCGUGUCAGCAGGGCCACCGCUUCCAUGAGGGGGGCUGGCGUCAGCACUCAAGGGGGCGCUCGGACUGCAGGGGACAGCACUAUGGUUAUCCAGCAGCUGAAGAUGAGCACAGGAAGCAGGGCCAAUCCAGCCUCCCGAAAGGCCACAGCUGGGGCAUUUCCCACAAUCCCACUCAGCUGUCCCCCUCCUCAGAAACCAGAUUCCUCAGUGAAGCUGGUAGAAAAAGGGAUGCACCCUAGUCGGACUGGCUCCACCCCGCUCCCCUCACUUCCCCCCUCUCUAUCCGCGCAAACUCAAGACAUCUCCAUUCCUGAGGGGGCUCCCAGAAAAAAUGCCAAUGCCUCCAGCAGGGUAUGUCUCCUUGCUGCUGCCCAGAAGAGGUCCCAGUUCACCUGGGUGAAGAGCAGUGCGCCGCAACCGGUCUUGUCGUCUCCGAGGGAUGCUGGCUGUGGAGCUGUAGCCCUCGAGCGGAAGGUAGCCCACAGGCCUGGCCUCUCUCUGACCACCAAGUACACGUGGGUGUCAUGUGCUGUCAGCCGCCACGGCAGGUUGUCCAGGAGGCCAUCCUCCCCCAAAGUGCCGGACCCCUCCCAGAAGAAGACCAAGCCCCGCAGGGCUGUCGGCGCUUCCCCCUCACCUCAGAGCAGUCGCUACCGCUGGAAAGCAUCAGGUGUGACGGCAAAGGGCACGGCCCUCAGCGGCUCCGUGUACCGCUGGACCUCGGAGAGGGAGAAGGGUCCGAGGGGGGCGGUGAGCCCCAGGCUCACCCCCCAAGCCACUGGGUUUAAGCUGAAGAGCAGGAUGAAGAUCAUCAGAGGAAGGCCCUCCAGCAGCAGUCUAGGCUCUGGCUCAGAGCGGCGGCCUGGGUUCAGCUCACCGACCGUGAGCAGCCGCUACUCCUUGCGUCAGCGCCCCCCGGCCCGCGGCCUCAUCUCCAUCGGGCGGCACAAGCUGCGGCGCUUAUCCUCAGCCAACUCACCGGGAUCUUCCAGGGCAGGCCCCUCCUCCCCCGUCCUGCGUGGGUCCACGGCCCAGAGGGUCAUCAGGACACGUUACAAGAUCGUGACCCGCAGGGGUUUUCCUGGACCGUCGUCCGCCUCCUUCAGCAGCCCAUCGCUUUCUUGGAGAGCUAGGAAAGUCCAGUGUGCCAGGAAUCUCCUGCAGAGCCGUCUCCGGAGCCCCCCAGGAGCACCCCCUGAUGAAGGGGUGCUGGCACAUCCCUGGAGGGGGCGCAAUGUGCGCUGGAUUGGUGGUGCCCUCUACAGAGUCUCUGCCAAUAAGCUGUACCGCACGGCCUCCCCGAGUGCCUCCGCCGCAGCUGCAGUGCGGCUUCGAGCAGGAAAGUGUUCCACCCCUCAGGACCCGGCAGCUCACAGGGCCUCCAGCACCAGACACCUGGCCAGCCGAGCGGUCCAGCGCAGCCGCUCCAUCAUCAGACAUGCCCUCCAGCGCCGGCAGCAGAGCAAGCAGUACUGCAUGUACUACAACCGCUUUGGGCGCUGCAACCGUGGCCAGAACUGCCCGUACAUCCACGACCCAGACAAGGUGGCUGUCUGCACAAGGUUCCUGCGAGGCACCUGCAAGCAAACGGAUGGCACCUGCCCCUUCUCACAUAAGGUGUCCAAGGAAAAGAUGCCCGUAUGCUCGUACUUCCUGAGGGGAGUGUGCAGCAACAGCAGCUGCCCUUACAGCCAUGUGUACGUGUCCCGCAAGGCAGCCAUCUGCGAGGACUUUGUCAGGGGCUACUGUCCUCAGGGAGAGAAGUGUAAGAAAAAACACACCCUGCUGUGCCCGGACUUCUCGAGUGCCGCUGGGUGUCCACGAGGCUCCAGGUGCCAUCUGCAGCACCGGUCGCGGACAAAGCGAGUUGCACCACGCCACUCCUCCAUGCCAGCCAAGCGAGCCCGCAAACACAGCAGCCCCGACAGACAGGAGUCAGUAGAAGGCACCGCGCCCCAGGACAGGACACCUCCGGGCCCCAGCAGGCUGCCCUCCUUCAUUUCCCUGUGCAGCUCUCCAGAGGGAACGGAGGCACUAGAUACCCCCCCAGCUGGUGGGCCACAGGUCACAGCUCCAGAGAAGAAGCUCCACAUCAAGCCUCGCUUCUAAGGCCCAAAAGCGCCAGAAGAAUUCUGGAAAGUUCUCUAUCUGGAAGCCUCGUCACACUGCCGCAGUUUCCCCCCCCCCCCCAGUAAUUUAAACUGAUGGGUUUUUAAUAUUCACACUCAGUACCUUCAAUAAAGUUUUUAUAACUGCU